CUCCUCCUCUCCACGCGUCCGACCUGAGUCCACAUCAGCCGGACACUUUCCCCACAAACAGCCGCCUCCUUUCCUCCGGUUACCGGCUGUUUUCUGCUUUUACAGUGUCUUUAUUUUGUAUUUAUCUGUGAGCACUCAGAAGGAUUACCGGGGAGGAUGUGAUGGAGGGGUCUCGGUAAAAGUUGAAGGCUGAAAAAAAAAAUACCUCCGGUUCUCCCACCCCGGUCAGCCUGCUGCUGCUCCCCGCCUCAGAGGCCAUGGGCUGCGGCUUGAGGAAGCUGGAAGACCCGGAGGACAGCAGCCCCGGGAAGAUCUACUCCACCCUGAAGAGACCUCAAGUGGAGACAAAAACUGAGACUGUGUACGAGUAUGUGCUGCUGGACUUCAGCCUGGAAGGCAGCCGCCCCACGGUGCAGUACGUGUCUUCGCUCUCCGAGCUGCCCCAGGCUCUGCAGCCAUACUACACUCAGGGCUACGUCCUGACCGCCCUGCAUCCCAUAAUACUGUCUGUGGGCCGGAGCCGCUCGCUGCCCUUCAGCCUGCUGUACCGCGCCAUCAUGGCCCGACCCAGGUCCAGUAAGCAGAUGGCGUCCAUGUGUUACAGCGUGCCGAUGUUGAAGGUGGAGGAGUGGCCGUUACCUGGAGAUUCGCUGACGAGCGACACGGUCCGAGCGCUCAUCGACAGGGUGAACAGCAGUGCUCGUGGGGGCGUUCGAUUCGUUGGCUCGGUCCUCCAGCAGGUGAGCGGGGUCACUAACGGUGGAGUUCACAGCCCAAAGAGGGGCUGCCGCUCCCCCCCGAGAUCCCCCCCCCGAACCCCACCUGGAGACGCAGAGCUGGAGGAGCACACCUACAGUCCUGGUGAGACCCUCCCUGCAAACCUGAGGCUGCUGGUGUUCUUCCACUGCUGGGCUCCGGGCUGCGCUCCUCUCGACUCGCUGGCCUGUCAGUACCACCAGGGGGCGCUCUCCAUGCGCGUCUCCAGGAAGGGUCAGGUGGUCAGCUCCCUGGAAGCUGAUUGGCUGGAGCUCACCGCCGCUUACUACCGAAAAGGCUGGUCGCUGGUGGACUCCUUCGUGUACUGGGACACGCCCAAAGGCGAGCCGGUGCCCAGAUCUCUGGAGGGACUGUUUGUGUACGAAGAGAGGAGCACCUCUCCUCCCGCCAACGACACCAUCGUGGUGGAGCAGUGGACCGUCAUCGAGGGCUCUAAUGUGAAGACGGACUACGGACCCCUGCUUCACACGCUGGCUGAGUUUGGUUGGCUGCUCACCUGCGUGCUGCCCACUCCCAUCAUCCGCCACGACAGUGAUGGGAAUCUGGCCACGAAGCAGGUUGUGUUUCUGCAGCGUCCGGUCAGAGGUCAGGCAGCGGGGCAACAGAGGAUCCCGACCCUCUCGGUGCACAGCGAGGUUUCCAAUCGCUCCGUGAGUCGGUCGGUCAGCAGCCCCCUCUCCCCCCCCGAGGAUCCCUCUCCCACCGCGGGGGGCAUCGGGGGCUUCCCAGUGUUCGGGGGUGGGGGGUAUCCCAGCUCCCUGUCCCACCUGGAGGAGGGGGGCUUCGAGCAGGAGGAGGGGAAAGCUGAGGUCACCUGCAUGUGAGACGGAGGAUUACUGAAGGAAAAUCCACGGACAUUUUUUAAUUUAACAGAGACUUUAACGUAGAAGAACUCGGCACUUUUAUAAAAAUAAUGUUUUUCAUGAAGCCAUAAUGAGGAUGAGGUAUACUUUUAGAUCUAUGUCCAGACUUUAAGAUAUGUUAAGGGAAGAAACACAUACACACUUUAUGUUCUUCAAGUGCACAUGGGAAAUUGUCACAUUAAAGCACAGAUUUCUGCACAUUUUUGGAAACACUGGUGGUGAAAUGUGGUAAAAUGGCGCCAGCUCACAUCAUCUUAAAAGUUGAAUUCCUUCACAGUUAAACACAUUUUAUUUUCCCAUUAUUAUAUAUGUGUGUACAUGUUCUUCCACACCUUCACAUGCGCUCCUUGUAUUUCUAAAUAAAAGCUCCUCUCCUAUGAAA